AACUUCCUUAAAUAUAGAUAUAAAUAGAUAUCAAAGCUAAAUCCUAAACUGGUCUAAAGGUUGCUGCGCUGCGAAGAUCGUUUUAAAUUAAUUAAAUGAGUUUUUAACCACUUAACCGAGUCUAAUUUUCUGGUAUAUAGAGGCACAUUAUUUCAAAGUCAUGCUGCUGAUACAGCAAAAGAACGGCCCCAGUCUCACGCUUGUAACCGAAACGGGAGUAGUGCCAGGCAGAUGGGCCCAUGGCCUUGACAGCACACUAUAUCCACAGUGUAAUGAUUCUGUUACUUAAUUUCUAUUGCUAAUUUAAAGUAUAAUUUGCAAAUUAAAUUUGGAUAAUAUCUGGAUCAAUUAAAGUGCACCGAGCUUGAUUCUGUAUUCAGUUGCCGUUGUAAUUUUUUCUGUCUUUCUUUCUUUUUUUUUGCGACUUGAUAGCGGUGUUGUUCCUGGCAAUCUUCUUUGCUGCAGUAAUAAGUCAACUGACCAGCGGUCUCUGGAUAGUCCACGUGGGAUUCAUUCCUUCUGCCUGGUUCAUAGUGGGCUGCUAUGUUCUCUCAGGGAUCUGGGCGCUAUUCUGCGUCCGGGAAAUUCCCAGACCGACCAACAACGACACUGCUGUUCGCUUUUUCAGUCUUGAAAAUAUCAAAAGUUUUUUUAAACUCUUUCGAAAACGAAGAGAUGUUGGACGAAGGAACCUUGUGUUGCUGAUGCUUUGUGGUGGCUUCACUUUCUUAACAACGGUCGGUAUCGACGGUGUUAAGUCGCUUUAUAUUUUGAAGAGUCCCCUUUGUUGGAGCCCAACUCUAGUGGGAUAUUACUACGCAUUUCAAGCGUUUGUUCAUGGUGUUGGAAGCGUGAUUGGCAUCCCUCUCUUUGGAAGCUGCUUCAAAGAGUUGAAUGUUGCUCGUGUGGGUAUGAUUACUAUCAUCCUGGCUUCCAUUAUUUUGGCGUUCUCCAAUAAUACGUGGAUGGUAUUUGUUGCGGGCGCAGUUGGUGUCUUCAGUUCUGUCUGCGAUCCAGUUUUAAUGGGAGGAAUGUCAAGGAUAGUGGCGGAGGACGAACAAGGCGCCUUGUUUUCAGCUUAUAAUAUGGUUACCGCAGUGACGCAACUCGUUGGAGCCGUGCUGUUUAACCUUGUGUACCAGGCGACACUCGGACUGACAUUCCAAGGCUCUGUGUUUAUUUUGUGUGCCGCUUUGGUACUCAUUCCCUUUGCGCUCGUCAGUUUCAUAAUGCUACCGCCCGUUGUGGAGGAGGACAAGAAAGAAGAUGGCCUUGAACUGGGUCAGAAGCAAACCCAAGACGUAUCGAGAGAAAACAUUCGAUUAUAGAAAUACCGCUCUGUGAAUAUAAACCACAGAAAAUCAACUUAAACACUGAAAAUGCACUGGCAUGCACUAUUAAACUGUAAUAAUAUAUAGAUUUAGCCAGACCUAAAAGCGGAGUUUCUGGGUCGGCUUGUGGAAGCCCGAUUAAGCUAACCCAGAAUAAGCGAGAAUUUUGAUUUGAGUUUUGUGUUUU